AUGUCAAACUUACAGGCUGCUGCAGAGCCUACGAAUGAUCCAUUUUAUGGACUUUCCUUUAAAGUUGGAGUAGCGGAAAAUAAAAAUGUAACUUAUAGAGCCAAAAUGGAGGACGUACAUACGUAUGUCGCUAACUUUGCUGAAAAAUUGGAUUGGGGUUAUUUUGCUAUAUUUGAUGGGCAUGCUGGUAAACAGACGGCUAGAUGGUGUGGGAAUAAUUUGCACACCUUGCUAGAACAUGAAAUUAUAUCCAAUGAAGAUGGUAAUUCCAACAAUCUACCAAAUCAGGGGAAUGAGGUGGAUAAUUCUGCUCCGUUGUCAAGUAAAUGUUUCAUGCAAGAUUAUUUGAAUACCACUUUCAUCAAAGCAGACGAACUUAUAGAAAAGGAAAAGAAUGGCUCUGCAGGGUGCACUGCGGCUGUAGCGGUGCUCAGAUGGGAAACAGACGAUUCGAAGGUAUUGCCAGAGUCGUCACAGCCACCUGAAAAUAACAGUGGAUUUGACUUUAUGCCAUCACCCAACCAUAGAAGAAUGUUAUAUACUUCGAAUGUUGGUGAUCUGCGUAUCGUUUUAUAUCGAAAAGGGAAAUCGUACCGCUUGACAUAUGACCAUAAAGCAACCGAUUCUAAUGAAAUAAAUAGAAUCAGAGAUUCAGGCGGUUUAAUAAUGAAAAAUAGAGUAAAUGGCGUAUUAGCUGUUACGAGGUCAUUAGGUGAUUCGUACAUGAAAGAUUUAGUAAUUGGAAAUCCAUUUACUACUGCAACUGAAAUAACUGAUGAGGAUGAGUUUAUGAUCUUGGCGUGUGAUGGCGUAUGGGAUGUUAUAUCUGAUAUAAAAGCUUGCCAGUUCGUAGCAGAAACAUUCAAAAAGGACGGCGAUGAUCAGCAACUGGCGGCAAAGAAACUUUGUCAAUUAGCCAUGGACAAUUCAACCACAGACAAUGUCACUGUGAUGAUUGUUAAGUUCGAUAGAAAAGUAUUUGCUUCUCAACAAAAUACUGUCUAA